AAAAAGGAGAGUCUACUCUUUGCUUGUGCCCAUCUAGCGUCAGUUCUGUUUUCUGGCUUGCUAUCAGAAGACCACAUCUCCCAGGAGGCAAGGAAGGGAGAGGAUACUUCUUUCCCUUAAGGAAAAGGAGCAACAGCCACCAGUCUUUUAUCAGAAGGAAUGAGCAACACAACUUUUGACGCCUCAGACUUGAAUCAGUCUGCGGAGUAUGAAUAUUACUACGAUUAUGACGAUCCGACCUAUAAAUUGGAAAGAGCACUGCACGUUAUCUCCAUGGUGAUCUACAGUCUGGCGUUUGUGCUGGGGGUCCUUGGCAAUGGGCUGGUCAUCUUCAUCACUGGCUUCCGAAUGAAGAAGUCCGUCAACACGGUCUGGUUCCUCAACCUGGCCAUUGCUGACUUUGCCUUCACCUUCUUCCUUCCUCUGAGCGUUGCUUAUUUAGCCCUGAGAUUCCACUGGCCCUUUGGCUGGUUUUUGUGCAAGUUGAACAGCACCUUGGCCUUUCUCAACCUCUAUGCCAGUGUUUAUCUCCUCAUGGUCAUCAGCAUUGACCGUUGCAUUUCUGUCAGGUAUCCGGUCUGGGCUCAGAAUCACCGAACACCGCGUCUGGCUUCUUUUGUGGCCUUGGGUGUGUGGAUCCUGGCCUUGGCUUUGAGUGUUCCAGUGAUGUAUUUUAGGCAAACAGCCCCAGUCGAAGAGAACCAUAUUAACUGCUAUACCAAUUAUGGUGACAACCCACAGCUUAAAAAGAUCAGGCAUCAGGCAACGAUCAUCAUGCGGUUCAUCUGUGCCUUUGUCAUUCCCUUCACUGUUAUUCUUGUCUGCUACGGAGCGAUUGUCUUGAGAUUGAGAGGCAGCCAGUUGUCUAAGUCUAACAAACCUUUUCAGGUUAUCACCGCUGUGAUUGUUGUCUUUUUUGUCUGCUGGUUCCCUUAUCAUGUUUUUUCUUUCAUUGAGUUAACAAUGCAUUCAGGGAUGCAAACGACGAUGAGGAUCGGUAUUCCUUUGGUAACAAGCUUGGCUUUCGUCAACAGCUGCCUCAACCCCAUUUUGUAUGUCUUCAUGGGUCAGGAUUUCAAAAAGAGACUGAGACUGUCCCUCUUUUCGGUUUUUGAGAAUGCCUUUACCGAAGACAACAGCCAGAACUUAACCACCAGCAAGACUAAAUCUUCAGUUGAGACCAUGUCUCAGGAGUUCUGAGGUGACUAAAUUGACCGUUUUGAUUAAAGAAAAGAAUAGAAGUGCUUUUGUUUCUACCUGGAGACUGCUUCUGGAUUUUAUGCUUGAGGUAAAAAGAAAUGAAACUUUGAUUUUGGGUUUUAUUGAUUAGAUUGAUUGCUUGUUAUAGAAAUAGCUAGUUUAUAAGUUAAAAGUUGAGGUUCGAUGUUAAUGCUUCCUUCUACUGCAGGGGUAG